CUGAUCAGCGAGCACCCGCACGAGCCCGGCGCGUUCACGCAGGGCCUCUGCUUCGACGGCGCGGGGCGCCUCUACGAGUCGGACGGGCUCUACCAGAAGUCCGCCGUGCGCCGCGUCGCGCCGGCGACGGGCCGCAGCGAGAAGCUCACGCGCAACGACGCGCGCCACUUCGGCGAGGGCCUCACGGCCGUCGGCGACCGGCUCUGGCAGUUGACGUGGCGCGAGCGCGCGCUCCACGAGUUCGACCUCGACCUCAAGCUGCUGCGGACCGUGACGCACCCCAUGCAGGAGGGCUGGGGCCUCGCCUACGACGACGCCAGGGGCGUCGUCUACGGCACGGACGGCUCGUCGAAGCUCUUCACCUUCGACCCGGCCGACUGGAGCCAGCCGCGGCCGCCCCUGGAGGUGUCGGACGCGCGGCUCCGGGGCCUGCCCAUCAACGGCCUCAACGAGCUCGAGAUGGUCGAGGGCGAGCUCUGGGCGAACGUCCUGCCGCUCCACUACCACAAGGCGUCGCCGUGCGUCGCGCGCGUCGACCCGGCGACCGGCGCGGUCAAGGGCUGGGUCGACCUCAGCGCGCUCCGGGCCCGCCAGUCGCCGCGCGUCCAGCGCCAGCGCCUCAACUACGUCACCAACGGCCUCGCCUACAAGCGCAACGCGGCCGGCCGGCCGACGCUCUACGCCACGGGCAAGCAGUGGGACUACAUGUACGACAUCGAUGUCAAG